CCAUUGACCUGCAGCGCCGCAUACGGACACCUGCUCCAUUGUCAGCCUGCGUUGUUCUAAGAGACGAAGACGAGGAAAAACGCCAUGACGACUGAAUACCACGACGAGGUGGACGAAGAGAGCAACUCUUUCUGGAACAAAGAGCCCCGUCCCAUGUCCUACUCGAGUGUCUCCAGGUUCAGACGGUGGUUGUAUCCUGGCCUGGGUGUUGCUUUUGUCCUCAUCUUCAUCAUAGCAGUCGGAGUCACCAACUCCAACACACUGAGCCGUCUCUGGUCUUUGGAGAAAACCGUGUCCAACCAGACGGAGUGGCAUUCCUCCACCCAGCAGCUCACUAAAGACACAGGUAAAGACGUCCAGAGGCUGAAGUUCUCUGUGGAGAGCAAUAAGGAGCAGCUGACCUCAGUGUCUGAAGCCCUGAAGCAGCUCUCUACCCUGGACACCAUCGGCAGGACGGUGGCCAAGCUGAAAUGCACCCUGGAUCGCUACAUUAACAACGGUUCUCUCUCUGAUGGCUGCUGUCCCCUCGGUUGGGAGAGUUUCAGCACCAGUUGCUACUUGUUCAGUAGGAAUGCUCUGUCCUGGCACGAGGCUCGGGACUGGUGCAACGGACACGAGUCCCACCUGGUCAUAAUGAUGAGCGAUGAUGAAUGGGACUUUGUGUUCCGUCACACUGGAGGUACGUUCUACUGGGUGGGUCUGACGGAUGAGAAGUCAGGAAGGUGGGAGUGGGUCAACCAGACGCCCUACGUGAUGAACCGCAGACGAUGGAAGCCUGGUCAGCCCGACAGCUGGACCGGUCACGGUUUGGGUGCCGGAGACGAAGACUGCGCCCACCUUCACAGCGACGGCCGCCUCAACGACCUGCACUGCUCCAGCAGGCUGCGCUACAUCUGCCAGAGACACGUACCGCGCAGCUUAACGUCCUAAAGACCAGGCUGGUGGCCCUCAGUCUGUCCCUUUGUUCACUCUAUCAGUUAAACCAGAGUUUAUAGACUCUCAGAUUGUCCAACAAACUUGUUCAU